GUCUAAGCUUAAUUCAAUAAUAAAAGAACGAUUUGGCGCCUAUGCUGAAUAUGUCGGAUACCUGGGAAAAUCGGGAUCCGAAUCAGUUAACUAAAGGCAGACUGAAGAGUGAAUUAAUUGCUCAUAACGUACCUUUACCGCGAAGGGAGCAGAAGAAAGAGGUUUACGUUCAGCUCUAUUUAAAACACAUUACUUCUAAGAAUAAGUCAGAAUUGAGGGCGGAUUUUUCCAGCGACGAGGAGGAUUCUUCAGAAGUUAAAAGCACAGAACUUUCCAAAUUGACGAAGAGUACAAUUAAUUAUACGAAUAUGAAUGUCAUGCAGCUGAGCGAUGAAGAGUUGAAAGAGCAACUUGUGAAACAUGGGGUUACACCUGGUCCAAUUGUGGCAUCUACUAGGAUAGUUUAUGAGAAGAAGCUCAUGAAGUUGAUGGGACAGCGUCCAGCUGUGUCCCCACCUAAGCAAAAUGGAACAGGUGACAUUGACCAAUACUCAGACAGUGAAGAGGAAGAAGAUUUUCCUCCUGCGAGCUCCACACAGAGCAAAAUUGGUACUUCAUAUCGCACAUCCAGUACAUCAAAAGUCUCUGUCACUGAUGCAAGUAGUACAAGCAAAUCAAGACAAAUUCAGGAAGCAGAUGUGUUGACUCCAGUGUUUCCGGAUGAAAUAAGCACUCCAGCAGGAAUCAGUGCAAUGCGGCGCCGACCAAUCAAAGGAGCAGCAGGGCGACCAAUUCAAUAUAAUUUUGAUGAUCUGGUGACGCGGGCUGCAAUGAGAAGCGCCUACAAGGAGAAAAGCAACUUCUCCGGUGCAAGUGAGAACAUCCCAGUGCAGCGCCUUGUGCCAAUGUGGCUGCGGAUCCUCCUGUUCAUCGUUGUGUUGCUAAUCCUUUUUCUCGUCUAUCAAGCAAUGGAAAGUAAUCAGGAGAAUCCUUUCGCAUCUUUCCUGGAGCAAGCUAGCAACCAAGAACCUCAGCCAGGUCAUGGGGAUGCUGAAUUAAAACCAAACAGUGAAGCAUGAAGAAUAUGGAGGAGAUGUACGUGGAGAAUGGCGAUAGUCUCUGAAUUAGGCGGUUUAAAGUAGUGAAGCCUUUUUGAGUUUUGCUGCUUUAAAAGUAACUGAGGGCCCUACCAUGUUAACCAGCACAUUAAAUGCCCGUACUUUUGUACAAAAAGCCUCAAAUACAGGCCCCUGUACACAGUCACCCCACAGGCCCAUUUCCCUUUACUAAACAAUGAUGAAGCAAUUGAAUUUGUAAUGGGUGGAAACAGAAGGCUUGUCUAAUUUGUUCGAACUAAAUUUGAGAAAGAAAUGACUAGAUGAAUUUAAUGUGUUCUAUAGUGUCUGGCAGGUCAUCUAAUUAAUGUGACACUAAAGUUAUUGAAGUACCUAGGUGAUGGAUUAAGUUACAAUGUCAGUACUCUCCUUGAAGUAGAGAUAUUAGUUUUAUGUUUAUCAAGUUCAUUGUUAAAGGAUUCCUUUCAAAUUAUAAUAUCCAAUCUGUGCCAUUUAUUUGCAUCCACUGACUUCCUGUUUUGGUCAUUCUGUGGGUUUUUUUUUUGGACAGGAAAAUCUGAAGUUAGAAUGUUUUUAUUUUGAAUAUUGCAUGUGUUUCAUUGCAGGCAUGACACAUAGGAAUGGCACUUCUAUUUGUAGCUUCGUACCAGCUUAUGUAUUCUUAAGGCCAAGUAGUUCACUUUUUAUAUAAGUGGGUUAAAUUAUCAAAACUUCACGCUCUUUCAGAGAUUUAUUAAAUUUAUGUAUGUGAAUCUCUUAACAGGGAUAUUAAAGCUGUUUGAUCAGACAGACCUUGACUGCUAAUACAUUUAUAAAUAUCAAAACCAUUGCAGUUUUUAAUUUAACUCUUCACAACUUGUUUAUUGCAUGGUUUAAUUGAAAAUUAUUAUUAGUCAAGUGUAUAUAUUUUUACAUGUCUUUCAUUUAAUAACCAUUUAACAUAGUAAAAGCAAUUUGUUUAUAGCAGUUCCUUUUUUUAAAAAAAAUACUGAAAUCCCAACUUAGGAUGUGCUUUUAUUUUACAAGUUUUCUGCCUCUCUUGCUUGACUGUUAUCAGUUGAUAAACAGAAUAUUGUCUAUCUCUUGAGCUGUUGAUCUCUAUUUUAGUAACUUUCUGGAAUAAAUAUAACAAACUACUUUUAUCCUUGUAGUAUCAGGAUUGAUUAAUGUUAAUGUAGGUGACUGAAAAUAAGAAAUAAGCAAGAGAUGUUACUAAAUACUUUAUUGACUUAAGCACUGUACCAGGUCAGUGAGAACAUAAUUGUUGCCCGCCUAUUUGUGCCCCUUUCCAAAAAAGGCUAUAUAGUGAUAGAUACUUGGGUAUCUGAAUUGUAGAAAUUCACAGCACAAUAUAAGACCAUUCAACCAGUUCUCACCAAUUUUUCCAUUAAACUUCCAGUUAAGGUGUGUCAGGACACUGGAAAAAAUAAGUAUUCACCACCUUUAUCCUUGACCGAUGAUAUAUUUUUUUAAGAAACUCCACUUGUCAUAAAGAGUGAGUUGUAUAUGCUUUGAAAAUAAACAAAUUCUAUGUUAUGGGUUUAAUUACAGGACUUUGCUUUCAGUUAAAAUCUGAAGUUAUAUCGGAAGUACAGAGCCGAUCUCAAGUUGGACGGUCUUGUAGAGAAGAUAGUUUCCAAUAUGAGACUUCUAUCACAGAAAAAGUAGUUCCCCUUCUGUGAAACUGUGUAAGACCUGAGAAUCUUUAAACUCCUAAAGCUGUAAAAAUAUUAAUGAAUAAGGCAUUAGUCAGCCUGAUGUCUUGAUCUUUUGUUCUCCAGAGUGUUGCGCAUUGCCAAGUAGCAUGAAUGUUGAGGGCACUGGGUUUAAGAGGUAUUUUUCUUUGGGGUUUCUAGUCAUGGUGCAUAGUCAUAUGCAGCAUAGGGAUGUAAGGUUUACCAGAACUGUUCUCUCCAAAGUAUUCAUGUACAUUUUGCCUUGUAUAAAUUUUCAUGAUCUCCUUAACACAUAUUGGUUCUUUGCAUGUCUAUUAAGUGCAAAAUGUGAAAUUCAAAACAAUGCAUUUUCAUUUUUGAAGAGUGUUUGAUGAUACAGUACUCAUUGGGGCUUCCUGCUUCAAUUUUUAAAAUUCCUGUUUUUCAGGGUUUCCUUCCUGCCAAAUAACUUUUUGCUAAUAUUGAUGAACAACUUUUAUCCACAAGUUAAGCUGAUAUUUACCAGCUUAAAUAAAUUUAACAUUCAUGACUGCAUGUGCAUCUUUUGUAAAGUGGUCAAACUUCAUAUUUCCAAUUUCUAGUUCCAAGUUCUAUUUUAAAAAUUGAUUUUAAAAUGAACUAAAACCUGUCUUUUUUUAGGAAGUGCUUUCAGAACAACAAUUUUGAAGGGUUUCUUUGUUUUUCAAAAAAAUUCCCCUCAAAAUGGGACAACUGUUACAACUCAUGUUAAUGACACAUUAUAUAAAUAAUGCACAUUGAACUUUGGAUACAGCUUUAUAUGAUAGAGGAUUGGCAACUUCAUUGUUAAUCCUAAAAUCUCUAUUCUUUACUUCACAUCCUUUUGUGAUUUGCAUGAAUUUGUUUUUCUUUACAGUAUGUGUUAAUACUGCUCAAUUUUUAAUUAUAACGUAGUUUUAACUAUGGCUUAUUUAGAUUUUGCAGCCAAUUCAGAAAGAAAGUGCUAGUCAACUACUGGAAACAAGGUCCUUUGAAAUUGGCUUUUUUUUUUAAUUACCCAGAUCAAUUUUAAUUCAUGUGAGCUGUCAUAAUAUUUUAUGUGGGAAAAUGAGGAAAAAAUAUAAAGAGUCCUCAACAGUAUUAGAUCUCAGUAAGAAUAAGGGUAGUCUAUUUUCUAUUUCUAAAGGGAUGAUCUACCAAGUUCAUACACAUUCAGUCUUAAAAACUCCUCACAUCUGUCUGUUUUAAUUCAUUAAACCAUCGGAGCAGAAACCUUACAAUCUGCAUACAGAUUGUUCUCAAAUCUAAGGCAGAGACAUAUUGUACUCUGCUUUCAUCUACAAUGCUGUGGUAUAACUGACCUGCAAAAUCUCCAAAUUUUUAAGUGAUUACAAAGAAUUUGUACUUAAAAGCUUGCAUGCGCAUCCAAGAAUGAACUAUAUCCUGUUGGAGAUUAACAACUGAUAGUUUUCAAUGAUUUUUCAGGUUUGGAAACUUAUUUACACUGACAUGGGCAGCAGCAGUUUGAAAAAUGGGGAUUUAAGUACUUAACAAUGGGUGGGGAAUUCCUGUUACAUAAUGUGCCUUUGGAUAUUUUGCAUUCAUCAUGUUGAUAUGUGCAACAUUCAUCCAUGUUUGAAAUGUUACCAAACACAACAUUAUUCUGUUCAUGUUACUUUCUAGAAUUGUUGCUAGUUUCCGAUUAACUUUGAAUGGCUUGUGAACAGUACCAUGGAUAAUCAUGUAGAGAGCUGCACUUGUUUUCGGGGUUGGGUCUGUUUUACUAAACUUCAGCCCAUAAGUAGGAUCUGUAAAAUAGCAGCUUGUUUCAUCUGUUUGACUAGCAGGUUACAUUUCAAAUGUUUUGCACUGCUUUCAAAUGGUGGCAUUUUUUUCUAAAAUGUGGAAUUGGAAACUUAAUGUAACACCAGCUCUAUUUUGAAUGUGCCUUAUUAAAGUUUCUUAUCUAAAUUUAAAUAAAAUUUGUAUAUUUAAAUUGCA